AUGGAUGAUGACAAUCAGUACGAUGAUGAGGAGUUCGAUGAUGAUGACUUCGAGAAUGAGACUGUCGAGGACGACACAGAAGAGGACGAGCCACAAAAGGAGGAUCCAGAUUCGCCAGUACAUGCAAUCUUCACACCAUCUUCUGGGUGUCAGAUCACCGUGCCCAGCGUGCCCAUCGAGGAUGGCAUGCAGAUUUGGGGCGGCAAUUCUGCAGAAUGGGAAGUGAAGGGCUCAGCUUCGGAUGCGACCCUCUCGGAGCUGCCACCCCACUUCUUAGGGGGCCGCUUGCUGCGGUGUGCUGAAGGAGCUUUGGGCAGUGCCCGCUCUUUGCUGCAGGUGACCUCACUCCACCAGGAUGCUCGGCUUUACGUUGUCCUGGAGGUCCCCAGUGGCAAGAGCACACCCGGAGAAUCAGGCACCUCCUUGACCACCUGCUUGGCGAACGGCCAGCGCUGGAUUUCUGAGGGUGAAAGCGCCCCCAGCUGGCUGGAGCUGGAAGGCAAGGGAAAGCGACCAGAGCUGGUCAUGUUCAGCACCUUUGCCCCGAAAGGCGUCUCUUUGACGUUGCCGCAGGUCAUCCUCACAGGUGAUCCACCUCGAGGCUUUGUCGUGGUAGUACCACUGAUGGCGGGUUGCUUCAACGUCAGCAUGUCCAGUGACUCCACCGAGCUCCAGGUGCAGAAGGCCACCAUGGACGAAGGUGUUGUUGCCUGGACAGAUCGGGAUCACCAGUACUUGGACGUUCCAGAAUACUUGAAGCAUGGCGUCCUCUUUCAGCAGCCCUUCAAAGACAUCCCUGCUGGGACCGUGCUCACUGUGCGGCCCAACAGUGCGGCGUACAUCUACGUGAUCACCGAGCGGCGGUCGGGAAACCAGAAGCCCAGCUGGGCAGAGGAUUUGGGAAUUUCAUGGCACCUGGAGGAGGCGGCUCCCCGCUGGCACGAGCUCCCGACCAUGCGGACCUACAGCCGGUAUUGUCCGGCAGGUUGGCCCCUGUCCUUGCCGCCCUGCCAUGCACCACCCAAUGAUGGGCUGGUCUUCAGCGUGGUGGUCACUCCAGUCACUGCUCAAUCAACUGCACCUCUUGAAGUCAGCUGUUACAACGAGGGCUUCGUAGACACCGAGCUGCUGACGCUGGAGGAAGGGACACCCUUAAGAAGCACCCAUGGCCAAGGCUCAUUGGUCGAGGUGCCGCUGUGGAUGUGCGGCUCCACGCUGAUCCGGCCAGAUGCGUCCCAUGCCCCUUCCUCAAGCUCCAGCUUCGUGGUGCGCCCCGCCGCCCCCUCCGUGGUCUACGCCCUGCUGCCUGCAACCACGGUGGCCUCGGAGUACGCGGCCAGAUGGGGCAACGGUUGGGAAGCUCGUGAGGAAGCACCGGUGUGGCAACCUGAGGAGGGCGCCCAGAUGUCGCGCCUAGCGGUCGUCGCCCGGCGCGUGCUGCCCCGGGAGUUGGUGGGCGUUCCACCAAAGGGAUCUUCGGAGGUCUUGGCAGUGGUCGUGAAGGUGGAUGUGGAAGCCUUUGAUGCCUCGGUGGAGUGCAACAAUGGCUUGGAAUUCUCCAGGAGUCAGGUGAAAGAGACCGGCUUGGCCUGGACGGACCGUCAGAAUCGCUUGGCUUGGAUCCCUGAGUGCAUGAAGGGUGGCCUCCAUUUCAGAGGGCCUCAUGAGCUUCACACUCGGCCCGGGUUGCAGCUGCGCAUCCGAGCCACCUCGGCCUGCCGGGUCUUUGUGAUGAUCGAGGCCAGCUACGAGGAGCACCCCGCGCGCAGCGGCCGAGGUUUGCCCCAGCUCUUGCUGCAGAACGGCUGGUUUGUGGAGACGGCUCCACCGCCUGCCUGGCAAGAUUCGGCCUCAAAGCUGAAGCUGCUGAGCAAGCGUCACUUGGAGAAGAGCUGCUGA